AGAUUUGGAAAUUUGCCCAGUUCUAAGGAGUUUGUGGGGAACGGGAGUUAUACCCGUCAAAUUAAAACUGUCCUCGACAAUAGUCAACCUUUUUGGCUUUUGCAGAUGGAAUGUUGCCACCAAAUUCUUAUGUAUUCAAAGCAGAGAAAGCUCCGUCGUUUAAACCAGCAGUCGUAUAUAUGUAAUGGUUAGAAGUUUAGGUCUCAUCAAUACCCACAUACGAAUUCCAAAGAGACCAGGAAAUGGCCAGGGAAAGGUUUUGCUCACCAGGAGAGCUGAAGCAUUUGUUUCUGUUCCUCCUCCUGGUAACUAUCAUAACCAUACUUAUUUAUAUAGUGUUUGAAUUUAAAAAUCCCACGGUUGUACUGUCCAAUGGUGAUAUUUUUAUCAGCUCACCUCUGCCCAGGAUGAAUUCCCACAACACCUCCCUGCUUGAAAAUUCACUUCAAUCAAAACCCAUAAAGUACAAUAAAACUUCUCAGCAGCACAAAAGUUCAGAACAACUAGAGGGGCCGUACCACAAUUGGGGUCUGUUCCAGGCAGACUUCCAGCAAAUGCUACGUACCUUCAAGAUUUAUGUUUAUCCUGACAUCUACAAUAACAACUCCUCCUUUGCAGGAAUUUUUCUCCCUCAUCCAAACCCAUAUGAUCGAAAACUGGGAAACUAUUUCAGUGAACACAUGUUCAAGGUCGGCCUUCUUAAAAGUCCUUUUCUUACAUCCAAUCCAAGGGAAGCCCACUUCUUUUUCCUGCCAUUUUCCAUUAACUCUCUCAGAAAUGAUCGUAGGGUGUUUUCUGGGGCAGCCAUUGCUCAGUUUGUGGCAGAUUACUCUAAGAACAUUAGUGAGAGUUUUGGGUUUUGGAACCGGUCUCAAGGGGCUGACCAUUUUUAUGUAUGUUGCCACUCUGUGGGAAGAGAUGUUGCGUCCAAGUUCGUAGACCUGCACAGGAAUGUCGUACAGGUGGUAUGCUCCUCCAGCUACUUUCAAAGAUUCUACGUUUCUCAUAAAGAUGUUGCCUUGCCGCAAGUAUGGCCUCGGCUGCCAGAAACAAAUUUGGUUCCUCCAAGUGAAAGGACCACAUUGGCAUUUUUCGCUGGGCGAGUACAGAAUUCCAGAAUUCGUCAGCGACUAAUUGAGUUGUGGGAGAAUGAUACUUCAAUGAUUAUCUCUGGUAAAUUUCAUGAUUCACGUGAAGGCUUGACAAAAAGCAAGUAUUGUCUACAUGUAAAAGGCUAUGAAGUGAAUACAGCUCGGAUCUCAGAUGCUAUUCAUUUUGGUUGUGUUCCGGUUAUCAUUUCUGAUCAUUAUGAUCUUCCCUUUGCAAAUGUUUUGGAUUGGAGUAAAUUCUCAAUUGUUAUAAGCCACAAUGAUGUUCAACACCUCAAGGCAAUUUUGCUUUCUAUUUCUGAGGAAAUGUAUGCAAGCUUUCUUGCAAAUCUACAUCUAGUGAGAAGACACUUUAAUUGGAAUGCAUCUCCACAAGAUUAUGAUUCAUUCCUUAUGACUGUUUACCAAUUAUGGCUUAGAAGAGGGAUUCCGUUUCCCUCGUUUUCCUAAUGUAGACAUCUCUUUUCAUUUAUAUUUUCAUGGUUUGGCUUAAAUUUUGGUA